AUGAGGGACGCUCAGUUGCUUCCGACGCAUACGGCGGACGCAAAGGAAGCAGCGGUCAUCCGAGACAUGAACGCAAGUGUGCGAUACAUGGGCCUGCAUGGUGGCGCAGAGAAUGAUGGACGAUCCAACUCAAGAUGUUCGGCAUUCAUGAAUUACUGCGCCGACAUCAUCCACAACCACUACUUCGAAAUGAUGAGUGCCUGGCUUGUCGUCAUGAACGCAAUCUGGAUCGGCAUCAGCACGGAUUGGGUAGCACGGAACUGGACCACGACUGUGCCAGAUUGGUUCCACUACACAGAUUGGAUCUUCUGUCUCCUGGCCGUCGGGGAACUGUUCAUCCGCAUCGGAGCCCAGGGUUGUUCCUUCUUCUACGAGGACCAUUGGCGGUGGAAUCUGUUCGACACACUUGUGGUGGUCACACAAAUCGCCGAUCUUGUUAUCAGCGUUAUUGAGCGGUCCGUGAGUGAAGCGGCCAGCCGGCGCCCAAGUCAGCCAGUGCGGAUCCUGCGCAUCGCUCGCAUCGCUUCAGCUUUUCCCGAACUGCACAUAUUGAUCAGCUCCAUAAUUGACUCGCUCCAGUCUCUUUUCUGGACGAUGGUCCUGAUCUUUGCCUGUCUCUACGGGGUUGCGGUAGUGAUCACACAGGUCGUUUCAGACCACAAGAUCGCGAUAGGCCGAGAAGUCAUGGAGCAGCGGCACGAGGAAAUGCUUCACUUCUUUGGAUCUUUGGACUCCACGAUGGUGGCUCUCUACAUGGUAAUCUCUGAGGGCAUCCAUUGGAGUGAAUUGAUGAACCAACUUGAAGAGACUUUGGGUGGGUGGGUGCGUUUCCUCUUCGUCGCCUUCACAGGAUUCGAGCUGUUUGCGAUGAUGAACAUUAUUACCGCGUGCUUUGUAGAUUCGGCCAUGAAGGUGGCAGCGAAGGCAGAGACCAAGGAAGUCCUUGACUCGCUCUGGGGUCUGCUUUGCGAAAACGCAGGCAGAGAUGCACACACCGACGACAAGAUUGUGACGAGGGAGCAGUUCAUCUCUACCUACGGCCACGAGAGCAUGCGCAAGUUCCUGGACUUGAUCAAUGCCCACACAGAAGAUCCAGACCAUGUGUUCUCCAUGAUCGACAGAGAUGGCGAUGGGUCGUUGACAGCUCCUGAAUUCCUCGUUUGUUGCGAGCGCCUCAUGGGCCCGUCGAAGGCGAGCAUGAUCGUGAAGAUUGCUAACGAAGAGCGCGAGCGAAGCUUGCAGCAGGACGGAUGCGGCCUUUGCGACCGGAAUUGA